CACCAGAAGUGCGCUUUACACAUUGUACCCUUGUGGAGAAUGAAAACUUGGCCUGAGGCGUGACGAAUGAACGCUUAUCCACUAGGCUAGCCCGCCGCUACUGACAGAGGAAAUAGAAAGUAGGCAGUAUAGUUUGUGUGUCAGUCACUGUUGAUAGUCGGACAUUAAUACUGGGACAUACAUCGCCACAGAGUCCACGAAACUUGACACGACACGUGGAUGGAGAACGGGACAUGUUGAUCAAAGUGCUGGAACUCUUGACGCUUGCUGUCAUAAGGACUGCAGAAGAAGGGAAUCAAAACGCUUGGGACGCUCCGUUGAUGAGUGUCACAACAACUGAAGGUGAAGGUCUUUCUCUGCACUGUCGGAAUCCUCCGUACACAAAUGUUUUGCCAUACUGGUACAAAUAUGUCAAUACACUUCAACAAAUACAGCGGACUAAAAGAGUUAUGCAAGACAGAGAAGGAACGCUUCACUUUGCCUAUGUUAAAGGAAGUGACACCGGUCUAUACAAGUGCGGCACCCAGAACAAGAAUACAAUACGCCUUGGAAGUCCUGUAAACAUUACAGUGGUACAGAGACGUGGUGGUGGUAAUCAUUCAGCACCACCUACAUUGGUAUCAUACAGUGAAACAACCACGGCGUUACUGGGAGAAGACGUCAGGCUGGAAUGUAUAUUCACCGGCAGACCCAUACCAGUUGUCACAUGGCAACGUCACGGUAGAGUACUGACCCAUCAUACAAACAGAAGCAAAAUGAUCUCUACUGCAUUUAUGACCGUCGAGAACGUGACUACUGAAGACUUUGGGGAAUACAACUGUACGGGGGAGAACGAGGAAGGUUCACACUCCGCUCUUCUUUACAUAUCCAACAAGUCAACCAAGGCUGAGGGUGUCCCUAUGUAUGUAGUUGUUCCACUGUGUGUUGCUGUCAUCGUUAUUGGUGGUAUGGUGUUCCUGUUACAUGUAGCAAGAACUAGGCGCAGAAAGCAGGAAAAAACGGAGAUUCGUGAUUAUGAAGAAAUUGAUGAAAUGGAAGUUAGAUACCUGAAACCUCCAAUUGUCAGUGAUUGUGAAUAGAUUCACAACGUCAUCCAAAGUGGUGAACAUUCCUAUAUUUCUCGUUUCAUUGUAUUGAGGAACCACGCACUUUUCGAUGGUUUGUCAUGAGUGUGGUACACUAGAUACAUAUAAGGUUCAUUGACAGGCGCGCUAAUGUAGUAGUAGUAGUAGUAGUAGUAGUAGUAGUAGUAGUAGUAGUAGUAGCACUUUUGCAUUAGUUGCAGAAGUUGCAGAGUAGAAGUGUGAUACGACGUAAACUGUAAUAACGCGGUAAAUUGUAAAACUGCGGUAAAUUGUAGUAAAAACUGCGUGCAUGAAGUUUAAAAUGUGCGACAAAGCUGUUUGGAAAAUAAAACCCGGACUUUGAAAAGACUUAAUUGAUGAAGACAACUAUACAUUAAAUGUUUAAUAUUAAUUUUUUUUGUAUUUAAUCCAAACAGAAUUCAAGUUCCAGUGUUUGUUAGAAUUUAACAUGAUCAAUUCCAACCUCCAGCAUGUUUAAGAAAGUAAAAAAGCGAUUUUGUUUCAAUUUAUAUCAUUCCUAGUGAGAGGCAGUUGCGGCAAAUUGUAACAAACUGCGGCAAAUUAUCAUACCAAGUGCGGUUAAUUGUAAUAAAAUCUCUCAUUCCGUCAUAUUCCUAACAUAAUUCGAGCUCCAGCGUUAUCCCUAUCAAGAGGCAGGUGCGGCAAGUUGCCAAUAAAAUUGUAUUGAAAACUACACAUGUCUGUUGUUUUAUAUCAUUUUUAUUAUUCAUUGUGGGGAAAAGCCCUUUUGUUGAAAUGUCAGUGUGGUGAAUUACCAGAGGGGGAAAUAUAUUCCACUCUUGAUCAACACAUCAUAAUCAAGCAACGAUAGCUGUUUACUGGGAGAGAAAUAAUGGUCUUUGAAAAACACAAUAAUUAUUGCAUUUUGAUGUUCCGACCCGUGAAGAUUCCGGGGUAGAAUAGGCCUUCAGCAACCCAUGCUUGUCGUAAAAGGCGACUAACGGGAUCGGGUGGUCAGGCUC